AUAUCGCUCAGUCAGCCAUAACACCAAGACGCGACAGCGCGUCACAUCGGCCAUCUUUAUUUUUGUUUGUUUCUUGCUUUUUAACAAAUAUAUUUUAACAAUUCAAAAAUUAAUGCCAAUUUAAAAUGGCGACAGUGAACGGUAAAGAUUUAAAUAUGGAACAACCAGCGGUGCCGCCAUCUUCGUUAAUCAGACGCGUCAGUUCGCGUUCGAUUCGAAAUUCAAUUUCAGAAGACAAAGAAAAUGGCGUCGAUAAUAAUACGAAGGGUUCCUUCGUCAGCAAAUAUAAAAAAGCACCAGAAGCAUUUAAGAGUUUCCAUAUAAAUGAUGUCGAAAAUGAAUUAGAAGUACCCGGCACACCAAUGACACCGCGGACAUCGACAACACCUGGUCAUGAGAACUGCACAUUCCACCAUGAUUUGGAGCUGGACCACAGACCGCCUACCAGAGAGGCUCUCUUACCCGACAUGGCUAAUUCCUACAGACUUUUACUCACAGGUUUGGGUGAGGAUCCAGAGAGACAGGGUCUCCUGAAGACACCAGAAAGAGCAGCAAAGGCUAUGCUGUUCUUUACAAAAGGAUAUGACCAAAGCUUGGAAGAGGUCCUAAACAAUGCUAUAUUUGAUGAAGAUACAGAUGAGAUGGUGGUUGUUAAGGACAUUGAAAUGUUUUCUAUGUGUGAACAUCAUUUGGUGCCGUUCUAUGGCAAAGUUUCCAUCGGGUAUCUGCCUCAAGGCAAAAUACUUGGCCUCAGCAAGCUCGCAAGAAUCGUAGAGAUUUUCUCUCGACGCCUACAAGUGCAGGAACGUCUUACAAAACAGAUUGCUAUAGCUGUCACUCAGGCGGUCAGACCUGCAGGUGUCGCUGUUGUUAUUGAAGGAGUACAUAUGUGUAUGGUGAUGCGCGGAGUUCAGAAAAUAAACAGUAAGACGGUGACAUCUACCAUGCUGGGAGUCUUCAGAGAUGACCCGAAGACCAGGGAAGAGUUCCUUAAUCUGGUACACUCCAAAUAAGACCGGCGAUAGAAUUUUUAUUAUUUUAAUUUUAAUCAAAGAAAUGUUAUAAAAUGAAGAUUUUAUUAUCUUACUCUCUUAAAAAAACUAUUGGUCUCAGCGUAAUGUUAUAUAGCCUAAAGCCUUCCUCUAUAAAUGGACUAUCCAGCAAAGAAAGAAUUUUUCAAAUCGGACCAGUAGUUCCUGAGAUUAGCGCGUACAAACAAACAGACAAACUCUUCUGCUUUAGAAUAUUAAUAUAGAUUAUUUAACAAAAUUAUUUUCUCUUUGAAAUAUGUCUCGUGUUAUUUUUAUUCUUAAUUUAAUUUUUAAAUAAAAUUCUAAAUUUGAAUAAUAAUUUAAUUUGAAAAAUCUUUUAAAUUAUAACAUUUCUUUGAUUCUACAUAUUUUGUGUUCGUAAUUUUAUUGAAUAAUAAUAAAAAAAAACAUAUUUUAUUUCUUAAUUUGCUAUUUGCAAAUUGUAAAUUAAUUUUCCACUUUUAUUUUAUAGCGUACAAAUAUUUUAAUUAUAAAUAUAUUUUUUCGUAAUCAUUUUUUUUUGUUUAUUUUCGUAUGAAAAUUAACUUUUUUAAUUGUACAAGUAAGAAAUACAGAGUCUAAAAUUAUUUAUUUAAUUAAUUUCCGAAAAAUGAAAAGUAUAUUUAAUUGUUUUUUUAUAACGCUAUUAAAAUUUUAAAAAAAUAUUCAGAUGCUUACAAUGGAAUAUUCUGGAAUUUUCGAAAGGUUAUUUUUACAAUAAUCUACGUAUAUUUUUAACGUAAUAAAUAAAUAAAAACGUUCCUUUACGUUAAUAUUUUUUAAACUGCCCUUCGUUAGUGUAUUUUAAUUUGUAUAAGUUUAUAUUUGAUAUGAAAAUUAUACGUUUUAUUUUAGACAAUAAUAGCAGUUAGUUUUAUUAUAUCGAGAAAUUAGAUGAUGUAAUUGCCCACGUCAUUGUAUUUUUCGAUAUUUGUUAAAUUUUUUUAGUACAAAAGAAAAAUUCUUAGUAAAAGUUGCCUGUUGUAAAAAUGUCGAACAUAUUAUGGCUGAUGUUCGACAUUUUUGCUAUUUUUUUUUGAUAAUAUUGGUUUAUAUUGCCCGGACCAAUAUUAAUGGUUGCCUUAUUGCGAUUAUACGAUUUUUUUAUAUGUUUAAUGUUAUACAGAUUGUAUAAUGGAUACAUAUUUUAUUUUAUAAAUAAAGGUUUAUAUUUUUAAGUUAAA